AUGAAUGCCAAGUCGAAAAGUGCAGGCCCUGCCAUCCGGUUACCCUUCAGGCUUCAAGACCGCCACCAACAGCACUGUGGCUACCCUGGCUUUGAACUUCACUGCACUCAAAACAAAGACACGGUCUUGGAAUUACCUUUUCUGGUGAAGGCAUCAAUCAAGGACUCUAACCUUCCAUUUUCGGUUCAGUUUUCCAUUAAAGAAAUCGAUUACAAAAGUCAAUCAAUCGAGAUAUCUCAAGUUGGCUGCCUUCCAGGAUUGCCAAUUCUAAAUUUAUCAGCAUCUCCAUUCCAAUUCCAACGUACUACGAACUUCACUCUUUUCAACUGUUCCAAAAUCGAGAGAAAUAAUCUUCAUUAUCCAAUCCUUGUACCCAGCCUCAGCAGUACGGAUUAUGCUGUUUAUGCAUAUUUUUGGUUCGAUUCCCUAUAUGAAAUGCCCCUCCAUUCCUGCAGCAAGAUGUUUGACAUUCAAUCAACAUAUUGGGAAGAAUUAGAGAGUCUGUCCCCUAUUAUAUUGAAAUGGUCCAGACCAUUUUGUGGAUAUUGCGAAUCCGCUGGCAAACAUUGUAGAUUGAAGAAUGACAGUUCGAUCUUGCAUGAUACUGAAUGCUACAGCAGCAAUCCAGAAGGUUCAGUGCCAAAACUAAGAAUUGCAGGUGAAGUACUUGGUCCUUUGCUCGCUGUGUUCCUUGCUAUCGCAUCAUAUUGGAUUUAUAGCUCAAUCAAACUUACGAAAGAGAGUGAAUUGAAAAUUGAGCAAUUCUUGGUGGAUUACAAGGCACUCAAGCCAACAAGAUAUUCGUAUGCAGACAUAAAAAGAAUCACAGAUAACUUUAUCCAAAAACUUGACUACGGACUACCAGUGCAGAGAGGGCAGUAUGCAGUUCCUAAGUAUCCAAUUAAUCAAGCAAAUAAUCGAACACCUAGUGAACAUNUGCUUCUUGAGAUGGUUGGAGGAUUGAAAAAAAAUGAUGUUGGUGGGCAGGACAAAAGUCAAGCUUAUUUUCCAGAAUGGAUUUACAAUAAAUUGGAUCAAGGAGAAGAAAUAACUAUCCAAAUUGAGAAAGAGGGCGACAAUAAGAUAGUUAGAAAACUACUAUCGUGGGACUUUGGUGCAUUCAGUGGUAUCCAGUCGAGCGACCCUCCAUGA